GUGAAAUAUAAAGAUCAGAAGAAAUAUGUGUUUUCUCCAACAACAUUUACAUUCGAGUCAUUUUUGGAAUGUGGUAAGGGUUUAAAACCGAAAUAAACACUUGUAAUGUUUAAAUCAUGUGUAAACUUUGAAUUUACAGGACUGUUGAGAAACAGUAGGCCCUUCUGCCUAAAUUACUACAUUACUGCCUUAUUUAUUAGGACUAAAUUUGGCUAUUACAUUACUGCCUUUCAUAUCAGGGCCUGUUUUUGUUUUUUUUAACCUCUUGAGCACUUUAACUUGAAAACCUUAAGUAUUGCAGCCUACCCCAAACACAAUUCCGUUGCCUUUUUUGAUAAUGACAAUAAAACGUUGAAUCUUUCUCCUCUUAAGUUGCCAGGAAAUUUGACCUUCCGACAAUGGACAUUAAAGUCUUUGAUGAGUCAAGGACCGAGGUUGAUCAGGAAGCUUUUGCAUACUUGAUGAAGCAGCCAGAUGUUCAUGUCCUGGAAAUUGAUAUCCCAGAGGAAGGAACAUCUGAAGAUUCCGUUAGCUCAGGCUCCCUUGCUGAUGCUGAGGCUAGUUCUGGAUCUGAUGACACUGUGAUACUGACCCCUAGCCCAAGACAAUUAAAACAAGGAGAGGAACGUCGUCUUGCCCAAAUGGUUGAAGACAUCUUAAAAGGAAGCCCAGGAGGGGACAAGAUCAUGAAUGAAUAUGCUCGGACAAAGUACCUGUCAGAUAGCAGAAGGCGUGACCUGGUGAAGAUAUUGGUUGCUCAUAUGACAAAUGAACAUGGAACAAGCCCACCUCGGCAUGUGAAGGAAGACUACGCACUGGGUAUCAUCUCCCUCUUCCCCUAUUUGGCUGACCCAAGGAGCAAGCUUGGCUAUGAACAUUAUUACAACGCAGAAGAUGGAAGUGGCUAUUUGGCUUGGAGAAUUAAAACUCUGCAGAAAGAAGCAUCAGAGGGACGAGUUAAACGUCCACGACCUUCACAAGCAGGUGGGCCAUCUGUUGAUAGAGAUCCUUGCAAGGAAGGCAAUUGGUUGAGCGAUGAACGCCAGUGUCAGGAAGCAAUUGCUCUGAUGAAGCACACAGCUGAUGAAUCGGUGGUGAAGGAAAAGAUGAGGUUGACCCUAGUCUAUCGCCAGAAGAUUCUGCGUGACACUGACAAAUCCACUGAUAUCCUAUCCAUUUUUCCAAGAUUCAUGGACAUACCAGGCCUGAUUGAGCAGGAUUUUGCACUUCUCUUUGGUGACUCAACCUCUGCAAAGCUGAUGGAGAAAUGGUCCACCAACAUAAAACCAAAAGUCAUUGCACAGAGCCGUGGCCUGACACAGACUGCGGAUCUCCAAGACCUCAUCCAGAAUGCUCUUGCUACUGAAGUUGAAGAAGACUGGUGCCAGCAUUCAGGGCCAUUUGGAGGGCAUCACACAGAGUGUCCAGCCAUAUCUACUUGCAGUUGGACCAAAGAAAAGUAUGAUCCAAUCUUACUUCAUUGUUGUUGACAAACAGGCCUUGCCAUGCAAGUCCUCCAAUUCACUGGCUGCAUUCGAUGAGCUUUUUAAAGCUCAUUAUGUUUUCGGUACCACUUACUGCCAUGAGCUCACAAAUGUGUUCACUUUCUUGCAAACAACCAUCUAUGACAUAGAUGUUGAAAUUACCAAAGUCAAUCCAAGAGUAGCUGAGCUUAGAGCACGAAUGCUGCAGUAGACAGAAUGAUUUGUUUCAUUUGUCAGAAGAGUCAUGCUGAUGCUAAUAGCCUCAUACG